CGAAAAAAGCAACAUUCGAUAUACAAUAUGAAGACCUUCACAGUCGAAGCAUUUCUACUUGUUAUGUUCACUUUUGCUGCUUAUUCCUCACAAGCCAGACUUCAAUCUUGCAACCCCAGCGGCAAAAUAAGGGGCGAAAACCCCCCUCCGGGGCAAUGCAACCAAGAAAACGACUCCGACUGCUGCAAAGCAGGGGAUUACUACACCACUUACACAUGUUCGCCUCCCGUUUCCGGUACCACAAAAGCAGUUCUGACGCUCAACAGCUUCCAGAAGGGAGGCGAUGGGGGCGGCCCCUCCGAGUGUGACGGUAAGUACCACUCUGACGAAACGCCAGUUGUCGCACUAUCGACUGGCUGGUACAGCGGAGGAUCAAGAUGCCUUAACAACGUUGUCAUAAGUGCUAAUGGCAGAACCGUGACUGCUAUGGUGGUCGACGAGUGUGAUUCGACAAUGGGGUGCGACGAAGACCACGAUUAUCAACCACCUUGUCCUAACAACAUUGUUGAUGCUUCGAAGGCUGUCUGGAAAGCUUUGGGCGUACCGGAAAAUAACUGGGGAGACUUGGAUAUUACUUGGUCCGAAUCCUGCCAGCCGAGCGGCAAGAUCAAGGGCAAGAAACCACCCAAAGACCAAUGCAACAAAAACAACGACUCGGAAUGUUGCGAACAAGGCAAAUACUACACCACCUACAAAUGCUCCCCCACCGUCGGGGCCCACACUAAGGCCGUCCUAACAUUGAACAGCUUCGAGAAAGGCAAAGACGGUGGGGGCCCGUCCGAGUGCGACAGCAAGUACCACUCUGACGAUAUUCCGAUCGUGGCACUGUCUACAGGGUGGUUCAACAAUAUGAAGAGGUGCUUCAGGAAUGUUACUAUUUACGGAAAUGGGAAUAGUGUGAGCGCGAUGGUGGUGGACGAGUGUGAUUCGACUAUGGGGUGUGAUCUGGAUCACGAUUAUCAGCCGCCGUGUAAUAACAACAUUGUGGAUGCUUCUAGAGCUGUCUGGAAAGCUCUGGGUGUGCCUAAAAGUCAAUGGGGUGAAAUGGAUAUCACUUGGUCUGAUGAUAAUGCUUGAUUUUAUUCAAGAAACAUGGUCUUCAUUAAGGUGCUUUUUUUUUC